AUGGCGCAUCAGACCUUUCCCCAGUUCCGCCGCCUCCCGACGGAGAUACGCGUCAUGAUCUGGGAACUCUGCCUCCCGCAGCGCGUCAUCCGCCUGAGCAGCCUCGUGAUCGCCCACAGCCACCACCACUACCACGACGCGGCGCUCGAUCCCACCAUCGAGCGGCUCCUCAGGUUCGUCUUCUCGCGCUCGUGCCUCGUCUCCUAUGUCUGCCGCGAGUCGCGCGCCGUCGCCACCAUGCGCCGCGUGCCCGUCACCGACCUCGACCUGCCCUGGCUCGGCCGCGGCACCUGGUUCGACCCGCGCACCGACACGCUGAUGCUCGACUGCGACGUCUUCUUCGCCCACAGCCGCUUCUGGCUGCAGCUGCGCCGCAAGCUCUUCCCCGGGCCCCGCGUCGCGACCAGCCGCGUCCGCCUCGCGGUGGUCAAGGACCUGGCGACGUGGUACUUCAACUACCUGCAGCUACGGCAUCGGCAGGGAUCCGACCAGAACGACCGCCGCGACCGCCCCGACGAAGGUGAUGGGGCUCCCCUGCCCGCGAUCCGACAGAUCUCGUGGGCGGUGGAGAUGAAGGAGGUGUAUCUGCCACUGCCGAUGAGGGACGUGGCGAUCAGGGCUGGAUGGGCCGGUCCGCUCCGCGAGGCGGCUUGUCGGCAGGUGGAAGUGCGCCAGGGCGGGCUGUUGGAGAGACUGGAGAGGCUCGCGAUCCCGCACGUCAUGGAUAUGCGCGAGGCCGGGACGAUGGUGGCCGAGGCGCUUGACUGCUGGGCCAACGAAUACUCCAAGAUUGUCGCCAUGAGCCGGGCAUUGGGAUUCGAAGGGUCUGAGAAGGAGUGGCGCAAGAAUGGUGGGGGCCCAUACCCGGUCUUUACGACAUGCAUGUGCGAUUCGAGACAGUGGUAA